GCGGCGGGUUCGAAAACACGUUUUUCUAUCGGCACCGGGAGGUUGCUGCAUUUUUCAUUUAAAAUUCGAUUUAAACCUCAAUUUUUUAUUUCGAAACUGCUAAAGUAAGUUUCAAAAUGUCCAGUUCGGACAGUGAACAUGAAAAUCUUACUGAUUUGGAGCAGGAAGACCAGCUUAAUGGAGACUCGGACGAGGAAGUUCCACAGAGCGAAGGUGAGGAAUCGAACGAUAGUUCCGAAGCGGAACCGGAUGAGGACCAGAAACCUGUUACAUGGGAAGAAAUGGGAUUGGUCGAUACCUUGUGUGAGGCUUGUCGAGCGCUGAAGUGGAAGGCACCUUCCAAGAUCCAAAGGGAAGCCAUUCCCCUGGCACUGCAGGGGAAAGACGUCAUCGGUUUAGCUGAAACCGGUUCCGGUAAGACGGGAGCAUUCGCCUUGCCGAUUUUGCAGUCUCUGCUCGAUAAUCCGCAACGUUAUUUUGCUGUCGUUUUAACGCCUACCCGAGAGUUGGCAUAUCAGAUUGCCGAACAGUUCGAAGCUUUGGGCGCUUCCAUCGGUGUGAAAUGUUGCGUUAUCGUAGGUGGUAUGGACAUGGUUUCACAAGCCUUACAGCUGGCUCGGAAACCGCACGUUAUCAUUGCUACGCCCGGUCGUUUGGUGGACCAUCUGGAAAACACCAAGGGGUUCAACUUGAAGGCAGUUAAAUAUUUGGUCAUGGACGAAGCAGAUAGAAUUCUCAAUCUAGAUUUCGAAGUUGAACUGGACAAAAUCUUGAAGGUCAUGCCGAGAGAAAGAAGAACGUUCUUGUUCAGUGCGACUAUGACCAAAAAAGUAAAGAAACUGGAAAGAGCUUCUCUAAGGGAUCCUGUAAAAGUAGAAGUCUCCAGCAAAUAUCAAACGGUUGAAAAGUUGCUGCAAUACUACGUUUUCAUACCGGCCAAGUACAAAGAUGUCUACUUGGUACACAUUCUUAACGAACUUGCCGGCAACAGUUUUAUGAUUUUCUGCAGUACCUGCAACAAUACCGUUCGAACUGCGCUGAUGCUUCGAGCUCUGGGUCUCGCAGCUGUCCCACUGCAUGGUCAAAUGUCGCAAAACAAACGUCUCGCAGCCCUCAACAAAUUCAAAGGAAAAAAUCGACAAAUCCUGAUUUCAACCGAUGUUGCGUCUCGUGGUCUGGACAUUCCACACGUGGAUGUGGUCCUUAACUUCGAUAUUCCAACGCACAGCAAGGAUUACAUCCAUCGGGUGGGUAGAACGGCACGUGCUGGCAGAGCCGGAAAGGCUAUCACUUUCGUUACUCAGUACGAUGUAGAGUUGUAUCAACGGAUUGAGCAUUUGUUGGGUAAAAAACUACCCCUUUUCAAGUGCGAGGAGGACGAGGUGAUGGCACUGCAAGAGCGUAUCAGCGAGGCUCAACGGACGGCUAGGCUCGAGCUGAAAGACAUCGACGAUCGAAGAGGAAGCAAAGGGAAAGGGAAGAAACGGGCUGGUGGCGAUUCGGAUGAUGACGAUACGGAGCAGUUCAAUGGCGCCAGGAAGCGAAUCAAAAACGGUGGUGGAGGUGGCAAGAGUAAAGGUAAAUUUAGAAAGUAAUGUUCAUCAGAAAUAUUCUUUUAAUACAUGUUACAGUUCCGCUGUCA